AGCGAGCUAAGCCAAAAAAAUGUCAGUCUAAGUCAGCCUUAAAUCCAAUCUGGUAAACGUGAGUGCGAGCGAGAUGAAUGCAGUUUCUGAAGGUUUGGGCGUCGAAGAAGCAAUUCCUGCCAAAAAACCCCGUGCCGCCUGUGAUGGUGUGAAAGAGGAGUUGAAGAGGUGCCUUUAUGCUACGGACUGCGUUAUAAAGGACCACAAGACUCCAAAGGAAUGCUUGGUGUCCAACCAUCCUAGUAUACCUCAAGAAUGUCACAGUUUGCGGAAUUUAUUCUUCGAGUGCAAGCGGUCUCUGCUGGACAACCGGACAAGGUUCAGAGGACACAAGGGAUACUAGCCACUCCACACUAUCAUCUUCCGUUGUCUCAUACGAAAGUCCUAAAUGAAUAAAUGUAAAUAGCCGACACAAA